GCCUGUCUACAGCCUCUCUUGUGUGUGUGUAUAUAUAUAUAUAUAUCUCCUUUUCCAUGAGCCCUUUCAUCAUAAAACAAGCAAUAUCAAUUAAGUCAUCAAAGGUGUCUAUAGAGUUUGCUUUCUCGUUUCCUACCUUCCAGAGAAAUGACGAUGAUAAGUGCUAAGAAACUCAUCAAGAUGGCUAGGAGAUGGAAAAAGUUCACGGCCAAGCAGAGGAAGAGAAUUUCAUUUUCAAGAAAUGCCAGUGAUGCAGACACUUGUAGUACAUCCUCAUCUUCUGUAGUUGAGAAAGGCCAAUUUGUAGUAUAUACAGCUGAUCAAACUCGCUUCGUCAUUCCAUUAGCUUAUCUUGAAAAUGAGGUCAUUAGGCAACUUUUUAACAUGUCUGGAGAAGAGUUCGGGCUACCAAGUGGCGGUCCUAUUACAUUACCCUGUGAUUCAGACUUCAUGGACUACGUCAUUUCACUAGUCAAGAAAGGCGUAACUGCUGGAGAUCUUCACAAAUCAUUGCUCCUAUCGAUUUCUUCAUGUUGCUAUACUUCAACUUCUAAUUUGCACCAACAACUUCUUGUUUAUUGAGUUAUGACUAUCAUGUUUUGUAAAUGUAGCUCAAAAUAGAUUGUAUAGCAAUUGAAAAAUAGGCAAGUGAAAGAUGGAAUAGAGCUUCAUCCUGAAC